CGGUCGGUCGCGCGUCGCUCGUGUUUGAGCGAUUGUCCGUCGCCGCGGAGCCCGGCUUUCCUCGCGGAUCGCGUACGCCGAGUGCGACUCGCGUCCCUAAGGCUGUCUACGAGGUGCCCGUGUGUCGGUCGACGGUGCCCAGCGAGAGGAUCCUCCCGUCGAGGUGAAAGGCGAGCCGCCGAGGGACGCAUUCCGGCCGGAUUUUGGCCAGUCGCUGCUCAACUUCUCUCGGUUCUCGCCAAUUCCUGCUAAUUUUGUGUGAUGAGCUAGUCCGGAAGGUAUCAGGUGCAAGGCCUCUAUCGCUGGUCCGCGAGGCGACAGAAUUCGAGGGAUCUUCCUUAUCGGCCGAAGGAUGACGCUACUGUCGACCCGCGGGGGGCGCAGGGGGCCCCUCAUCUGCCUCAUCAUCUUGCUCUUCGUCUUCUGCCUCUACCAGCUGGGCAUCAUCUGCGGCAACCAGAAAGAGCCCACCUCCAUGAUGGUGGCGAAAGAGAAAUAUGUUAUCGGGCCUCUGGACCACAAGACGUACACCUACGACAGGAGCAUGCCUCUUAUCUUCAUCGGUGGAGUUCCGCGCUCCGGGACGACGUUGAUGCGCGCCAUGUUGGACGCGCACCCGGACGUGAGAUGCGGCCAGGAAACCAGGGUAAUUCCGCGGAUCCUGCAGAUGAGGUCGCACUGGCUGAAGUCCGAAAGGGAGAGCAUGAGGCUCGUCGAGGCGGGCAUCUCGAAAGAGGUAAUGGACAGCGCGAUAGCGGCCUUCUGCUUGGAGGUAAUAGCAAGACAUGGGGAACCAGCUCCUCGGCUCUGUAACAAGGAUCCACUGACCCUUAAAAUGGGCUCCUACGUCCUGGAGCUCUUCCCCAACGCGAAGUUCCUCUUCAUGGUGAGGGACGGCAGAGCCACGGUGCACUCCAUCAUAUCUCGCAAGGUGACCAUCACCGGCUUCGACCUGACGUCCUACAGGCAGUGUCUGGGAAAAUGGAACCAUGCCAUCUCCGUUAUGCACGGCCAAUGCAAAGAAGUCGGAGCGGAUAAGUGCUUGAUGGUGCCCUAUGAGCAGUUGGUACUGCAUCCUAGGGACUGGAUGAAGAAGAUCCUGAACUUCUUGGACGUCCCCUGGAACGAGUCCGUCCUCCACCACGAAGAAUUCAUCAACAAACCCGGCGGAGUGCCGCUGAGCAAGGUCGAGAGGUCGUCGGACCAGGUCAUCAAGCCGGUGAACCUGGAGGCCUUGACCAAGUGGGUGGGCCACAUCCCUGAUGACGUUGUCAGGGACAUGCCGGACAUCGCGCCGAUGUUGUCCGUCCUGGGAUACGACCCUUAUGCGAACCCUCCGGUGUACGGCGCCCCCGACAGCAUGGUCAGCGACAACACCAGGAAGGUCCUCGCCGAUGGCCAGAUUUGGGAGGACAAGGCCAGGGAGUUGUCUCUUCAGCAACGACCGGUCGCCGUGAACAACGACGAGGAAUCCAGCAGCAUCCCGAACGCGUGACCCUGGAUGCACGUUCUCCUAGGCGUGACCAACGUUAACGUGUACAAUUACAAUUACAUCUAGAGACAUUGCUUGUGCAAUCGAGGAUGAGAGGAGGCCCGAGCCGAGUCACGUUUGCCUCGAGGAAAGAGACGACCUCGUUCGGGCUUCGAAGUAUUUUUUCAACGACUCCUCUCAGGCCGAUUACGUGAAGCCGAAUCGACAAUUUCGACGACGACGAGUGCUUGCGACCGAGGAAUUAUUCGCGUGUUCUCCUUCCCCCGAAUAGGAGGAAAGUGCGACACUUAACUCGCAAUUGCGCCGUGCCCGAGACAAGUAAUCACUUCCACGUAAUCCUGAGGGAGAGAGAGUGAUCCUGGAUUCGUGGUUACAUUCUCUUCUUCGUCCUCCGACAAGGGAAUCGGUCAAAAUCUUUUCUUUCUUCUCCUGUCUGGACUCGUGCCCUGCGUUUGUUUUCGUCCAUCGAAACGCGUGCAGAUCUCGACUUACCUUAGGGUAUAAAUACAUACAUAUAGAUGAACUUUCCCUGAAAAGAAAGGAAUCUCAUAGUUUAAGCAGUUUCCGGUGAGUUUCCACCGAGUGAUUGAACUGUGCGUGGGAUUACUCGCGAGAUAUUUCGAUGUGAACAUUCUGGAGGCACUUAACUGUCUUGGAACGUCCACGUUUCGACGAUGCGAAAGUGGGGAAUGGAAAAACAGGUUUUCGGACUCCGAGACAUGACUUAUGUACUUACACUUAUACGCUUUAUCGACGUACCAAAAUUCACGAGGUCUUGUAACUCGUUGCGACGUGAUAUUCUCGUCUUUUUAAUAAUUUAACGAAUAAUCAAAAUGUCUCUAAACCUGCAUUUAUACGUUUGCCAUAUUUGAACGAAUGUUACAGAGGUUAUCUUGUUUCUCUCUCUUAUUAGUGCGUAAUGACUCGAUGUUUUUGACUCGCUAAAUCUACCAUUCAUUUAUGGUAACUCCUUUAUCGGGUAGCAAGGGAAUCUGUGACGUCGACAUGGCAAUCUCCGAGGACGCAGAUGCGCGAACCGUGGCGUGCCAGCAACUUGUUCCAAAUGUAUGUUAACUCGACUGUAUAGUAACUAUAACACAAGUAUUGCGAAUUCGCAAACUGUACAGAAAUGACGAUAUUUAUAAUGCUAUAUUUGAGCGAGAGAGGAGAGCACUGUACUCACGCCGACGUGGGGGGCGUUAAUUGAUUUGCAGCCAGCGAAGGCAUUCUGCUUCAUUUUGCACCCGUGUUAAUAAUUUCAAUCUGGGAUUCGAAAUCAUUUAAUGAUCCCAAUUCCAUUAAUAGUUUAUUAAUUUCAUGUGACGAUGAGUUCACAGGCACACAAAUCGUAACGUCAUGAAUUUACUAACCUAUGGUGCAAAAUAUUGCGAAACAUUGGAUAUAACCUCAAACGUAUCGAUAAUCGCAAGGACGUAAAUUGUUAAAUAACAACUUCUAGUAUUUGAAUAAUCUUGCUGCGAAAAGAGAUUCGUGAUUUUCGAUGAGACACUGCUGGAACAUAUUUAAAAAUUCCUGAUAUAUUAUCGGGUGGUGUCGCCUCUUGUUGCAAGUCGAACGUCAAUGAUCUUCAACGCGACGUUGUAUUCAUGUCAACGGUGUUACUAUCUAUCAUAUUAUGAAAUUAAAUUAUUUUAAUAUUACAAUACGAA